GAAGCGCACGACGAUGACACGUCAGUCCCACAUGUCAGCACGCGUCGGUGGGCCAUGGGCCGUGGGCCGUGGGCCGUGCGAGACAUUGGAGGCCCACGAGAGCAGAGGAGCGUGAGUGCGUCACUUGCUGAGCAUUGCUUGGAGCAGUUGCUACACGCACCCGAGCAAGAGCUCUCCGGAAGAAACCAGCAAAAACCCCAGCCGGAGGCUUCGUCCCGGCGACGCCACCGUCGCCCGCCAUCGGAAGCGAGCGCUCUCCCUCCUCUCCUCUCCUCCCCUGCCGCCGGAACCGUCGCAGCGAGCCCUUCUCGUCUCAAGGCGGAGGAUAAGGACCCUGCAUUCCCGCGCCGUCGCCGCCGUUCCUCUCUCCUCCUCCUCCUCCGCCGCCGCCGCCUCCUCACGGCUGCGCCGAGAACGACGCGGAGAGCGCCCGCGCGCGAACAGAAGAUGGUGAUCUGCAUUAGCGAUAGCGAUGAUAGUGAUGCGUUUGAGUGGGACACUGAUGGCGAGGCUGAGCCCUCAUCGGUUGCGGCCUUGAGGAACUUUGAUGCUCCUGGGCCAUCCACACUGGAUGCCAAUGAGUGCGUCAAGAGGAAAGCAUCAUUUGAUUUAGUCAAGGAAUAUGUGGGAAUGGGUUUCCUAGAGGAGCAUGUCUUGAAAGGAAUCGAACAAGUUGGGCACAGUGAUGCAGAUGAAUUGCUCAAUCACCUUCUCACCUAUCAGCUCCCAGGUGAUGACUGCGUGAGUAAUUUCUCGACUUCUGGUUGCGCCCCCUUGAGUGUUGAAGAGGGCAGUGAUGACGACUUUGAUUUUGACUGGGAAAGCGACGAGGAUGCUGGUGGAAGGGAACCCAACUCUGAUGGUUCUGGUAAUGAGGACUUCUUGCAAGAGAUGGUUGAUAAGGAUGAGAAGAUCAAGUCCCUACAGGAAAUGGGCUUUCCCGGAGAUGAAGUGGAUAGGGCUAUUAACAUAUGCGGUGUCGACGCCUCUAUGGAUGUACUGAUCGAUUCAAUACAUGCAUUGCAACAUGAGGCCACUAACAGGUCCUUUGGAGGGAGAAAAGAAGAAAAAAUCAUGGAGAGCAAGAACAAGAGGAAGCUAUACGGAGGUCGAGUGCAAGGUAACCAACCCCGCCGCCGCUUGGAUGGUAGCCAGGACAACUCUAUGCGCCUUCCCAAUCCCAUGACCGGGUUUAGUCUGCCUAAUGAUAGGCAUAGGCUACCGCCACUUAACAGAAGUCUUCCUGAGGAAGCAAAAGGACGCCCGUUUUUCUACUAUGAGAACGUGGCAAAGGCUCCUAAAGACACAUGGAGCACUAUCUCAGAAAAUUUGCACGGAAUCAAACCAGAAUUUGUGGAUUCACAAAAUAUUUGCGCAACUGCUAGAAAAAGGGGUUACGUUCAUAAUCUCCCCAUUGAGAAUAGGAUACGUCUCCCCCUCCCGCCACAGACUAUACUUGAGACCUUCCCUCAUUAUAAGAAGUGGUGGCCUAAAUGGGAUGAUAGAAGGAAACUCAAUUGCUUGCAAACUGUUAAGGCACCUGCAACGGUGACCGAGUGGAUUCAACAUACUCUUGCAAGCUCAACCAGCCCACCACCUGCAAGUGUUCAGACACAGGUCUUAAACGAGUGUAGGAAAUGGAAUCUGGUGUGGACCGGAAAGAACAUAGCUGCUCCUUUGGAACCUGUUGAGAUAGAGCAACUACUUGGUUUCCCAAUCAACCACACAAGAGGAGUCAGCAAGACCGAUAGGUACAAGUCUCUUGGAAAUUCUUUCCAAGUGGAUACUGUAACCUAUCACUUGUCAGUGCUCAAAAGGAUGUUUCCUAAUGGCAUGACUGUGCUUUCCUUGUUCACCGGCAUUGGAGGAGCAGAGGUAGCUCUCCACAGGCUCGGGAUACGCUUGAAAGCAGUAGUUUCUGUCGAAAAAUCUGAAGUGAACAGAAGGAUAUUCAGAGGAUGGUGGGAUCAGACUGACCAGCAGGGCACACUGAUUGAGUAUGACGAUGUGCAAAGUUUGAGCAAUGAUCUGAUCGAAUGUCAUACUAGAAGAUUGGGUGGUUUUGACUUGGUGAUAGGGGGCAGCCCAUGCAACAACCUUGCUGGUAGCAACCGGCACCAUCGCAAUGGUUUACAGGGCAAGGAGAGUUGUCUGUUCUUCCAGUACCGCAGGAUUCUGCGUGUCGUCAAGUCUGUAAUGGCUACUAUGUGUGAGGAAGGUGCCGCGAGCUACUAAUUCUCUCAAGAGCAUUGAUGAUCCGGAUCAUGAUGAAAACCCCAGGGAAUUUGUGGCGGCAUCCAAGAAGGCUGUCAAUUAGGGAACACCAAUGAAGAGUUCCCCUGGCAAUUAGGGAAGGCAGUAUGUGGGCCUGGAGCUCGCCAACAGACCACCAGAAGCCUGCAACCUGGUUAUGUAUGAUCAUUCAUGUGACUGGAGCAUGUUGUUGCUUCCUUUCAUUUUGCUACCUAGUCCACAUACUCUCUGUGCCACAGAUGUUUCCAAACGAUGUUUUCGCUUUUGGUUUCAAUGAAGCCAGGGGAGAACGCCCCUUUUAUCUA